CUGUAUUUCCAAAGCAACAUUAUUCUUAAGGCUUUUCUCGUUAAGUACCCCACUACAUAAAUCGAGUAAUGUUUGCCUUAAUAACAACCUGUUCCGACCCCACCUCAGCAGCAAGGAAGUGUGGACAACAGGAACGCAAGGAAUACAAAGGAGAAAUCCUGCGUGCCCAGAUUCUGCUGCAGAGGAGAGAGCACCAGGAUGAGGAGACUGUAGGCACCCGCCAUAGUAUGGCCGCGUCCCGAUCCUCGCGUGUCACAAGGUCAUCAGUGGGGCUCAAUGGAUUGGAUGAAAACUUUUGUGGUCGAACCCUCAGGAACCGCAGCAUUGCCCAGCCGGAGGAGACCUCAGUGUCUCCGCUUCCAAGGGCCCGCUCGCCUAAGAAGAAGCAGGACACCAAGCAGCAGGAGUCUAAGCAGGACGCCAAGCAGGAUUCGAAACAGGACGCCAAACAGCAGGAGUCCAAGCAGGAGUCGAAACAGGACACCAAGCAGCAGGAGUCUAAGCAGGACAACAAACAAGAGGUUAGCGAGGAGUCAAAGGAGGAGUCCAAGCAGGACCGCAAGCAGGACCCGAAACCGGACAGCAGGCAGGAGUCGAAACAGAAUACCAAACAAGACGUUAAGCAGGAGUCAAAGCAGGACAACAAACAGGACACAAAGCCAGACACUCAGCAGGACGGUGAGCAGCAGGUCUCGUUGCAGGGGAAGUUAACUGAUUUGAAUGCUUCUUCUGCUGAGGCAGAGCAAUGGACCAGCUCAAGGAAGCGUGGCGUGUCUUGUUUAGAAAAAGACAUAAGUCCCGAGAACUGUGAUAGAGGGAAGGGGGCACGUGAUAUCUGUACUCAAAUCAAAAGGGCCAAGCGGUGCUCCCGCUCUGGAGAUUCUCAGGGACAUGAGGAGGACCCUGUGCUUCUAAAAACUGAAAGUCCGGUAUCUGUCUUAGAGCCCUGCAAGGAUAGCAGUUGUGAAGAAUUUCCCAGCCAAAACUCUGCAAACACUUCUCCUGUCUCACCUGUCCUCAGGAAAGAGGAGGUUGAGCUGACAGGGGGGCAAGCAGAGGAUGGCCAUGUGGAGUGUGACGGGGCAGCUCAGCCCCCGAAUGCUCACAAGGCCUCAAAUGGACUCAAAGACAAUAAAGCAGAGGAAUCUUGCACACUCACUGAAGAGCCAAGUGCAAAUCCCUCCUCUGCCAACAACUGCCUGUCUCUGCUCAAUGGCAGUCAGACAGGGGCACCCUCAUCCCCUGACCCCACCGUGCCUUGUAGAAACUCUGUCCCUGUGCAGACGGAGGUCCCUUGCUCAGAGGACUUACCUGCCUCAUCUGCGCCGAAUUUAGAGGCUGUUUCAGAGGAAUCUGUCCCUGAGUUGAUAGUGGCUGAGGAGGUGGAGGAGGUUGAGGUUGAUGUGGUGGGCAACCCGUUGUGUCUUGCCCAUGAGGAACAGGUGAUGGAGACUGAGAACAAUACCAAUGGUCGGCCACUAACACCGGUGCAGGAAGCUUCUGCCUCCACAUCCUCCAAUACCACCAAUAUGAACAAUAGUCCAAUCAACAACAACAGCAACUCAGGAGAAACUACACCCCCACUAGCAACAACCCCCUCCCCCACAGAGCCAGAGUGCACCCCCUCAAUAUCCAGCACACCUCCCUCUUUCACAGAGCUCUAUGAACACAGAUACACCCUGCGGACUUCACCCAGGAGGGCUGCCAGUGGUGGCAAGGCCUCCUCCUCUAAGCUCAGCUCUCCUCCCAGAGACAAUGGUCCCUUGAGGGAAGAGGGGGAGGUUGUGGUUGGACUGGAGGAGGACUGCCCUAUGGUUGAGGAACCUGCUCCCUCAGAGUUUAUUGGCCCCUCCAUUGAGGAGCUAGUCUGUGUGGAUCCUGGGGACAGGACAGGUGGUGAGGAGGUUGGGCUUGUGGAGGGCAAAGAGGCUGAAAAAAGCAAGGCGCUGACAAAGAGCCAGGCUGCAGAGGAGGAGGAGGAGGAGGAGGAGGAGGAGGAGGAAGAAGAGGAGGAGCCUGAUGUGUAUUACUUUGAGUCAGACCACCUGGCACUUAAACACAACAAAGAUUAUCAGAGGCUGCUGCAGACUAUCGGAGUUCUCGAGGCCCAGCGUACACAGGCCAUCCUGGACCUGGAGACGCUGGCGCGUCAGCAGAGAGAGGCACUUGCUGAUCCCAUCAGCUUUGUAGAGCAGCUACAGAAACAGGUGAGUUUGGGCUUGCCGUGUCCUCAGCGAGUCGUCCAGCUCCCUGACGUUGCGUGGGAGCAGUACACGUCAGGCCUCGGUGACUUUGAGAGAGAGUUCUGUGACAAGAAACGCAAAACUAGGCGGCUACAGCUGAUCUUUGACCAAGGUUUGCCUGAUCGACCAAAAAGUCCUGUUGAAGCCAAGAAGGAAGGCGAGUCUUCCACCAUGUACACCUCUCUGCCCAUGAGUGAUGCACCAGAGAACAGCAGGCAAUCACAGAUGAUCAGGGGGAGGAUUUGUCACCCAAACAAGUCUGACACAUUUAACCAGCUGUGGACUGUGGAGGAACAGAAAAAACUGGAGCAGCUUCUUGUUAAGUUUCCUCCUGAAGAAGUGGAGUCCAGAAGAUGGCAAAAGAUCGCAGAUGAGCUGGGCAAUCGGACAGCAAAACAGGUUGCCAGUAGGGUUCAGAAGUACUUCAUCAAACUGACUAAAGCUGGUAUCCCUGUGCCUGGAAGAACACCCAACCUGUGCAUGUACACUAAAAAGGCAUCCAGCAAGAGGCAGCAUCACCUCAAUAAGCACCUGUACCGGCCGUCUACCUUCCUGACCUCCUAUGAGCCUCCGGUCUAUAUGGACGACGACGAUGAACGCGCGGCGUAUUUCAGCAGCAUGCAGGACCCCUCUGCAGAUGACUCGGACGAGGAGGGGAUUCCUCUGGAGUUGAGAAAUUUGCCGGAGUACAAAGAACUAUUAGAGCUGAAGCGACUAAAAAAACAGACCCUGCAGGAGAUCCACGAGGACAAGGCCAGUGUGCGGCAUGUAGGCUACAAGUGUGACGUCUGUGGCAUGGAUCCCAUCCAGGGAGUGCGGUGGCACUGUCAGGAUUGUCCGCAAGACAACUCGGUCGAUUUUUGCUCCAACUGCUCGGACUGCUUGUUCAAGACGGAGACCCACAAGCCGAACCAUCAUUUAGAACCGGUGCACCAGCCUGACACCUUUCUAGACAGAGACUACUGCCUGCCGCAGAGCACAGGCUACAACUACCUGGACCCUAACUACUUUCCAGCCAACAGAUGACAGAGUCGCAGACGCCUCUAGCUCCAGGCUCUCUCCACAUAUCCCACAGGCCACUCUGUGCAUGGCUCCAUCCUCCAAGUCCAAGAUAACCGCUUAACCCGCCGCCAGGCAGGAAGGGCCAGCAGGCAGGCAGACAGCCAGGGGGCCUCGGAGCAGACCACAGUGCUGCUGGUGGGAGGGGCUGUUAUAUUGGCCUCCCUGACUCAAGCAAAGGGCGGGGCCAUGUUGGUUCCUCAGAACAAGGGGGGCCUUGCUCCACCUCAGCCAGGUCAAUAAAUGGAUCUGUGAUUGGAAAUGAUACACUAUUUUAAAAAAAACAAACAAACUAAACAGAAGGCACACCGACAUUCCCGAGUUCUGUGACCCCACCAGGGCUCUCCCUCCCCUUCCUCCUCAUCCCCCUAGUGACCUCCCUGUGCUGCUUCAAACUGGAGACCUAACAGCCAGUCUGGUGAAGCGCCACCUAACAGAGAUGUGUGGUCAUACUGGACUGUGAAGUCAUCAACUGAGAUACACAUAGGUGGUUCGUGUGUGUGUGUGUGUGUGUGUGUGUGUGUGUGUGGUCUCCGUGAUAUGCAAGAGUGAAAAAUGUUCUAGCUAGGUAUCCGUAGAUUGAGUAUUUAUGCGUCACAGCUUCCUCAGCAGAAGUUGUGACUAAUGCGGGGAAGUUUGGCGGCGUGGGGACUUGACAUGGAGGUCGGUUUUGGUUUUGGGGCUGCAGACUGUAGGAAGUCCUGCUGACCCGUAUGACGUUCUGCAGUCCUAUAUGUGUUAAACGGAUAGCGCGCCAUGUUUCAGCAUGGAGCCAACCCAACCACUGUCACACAUCGCUGCUCUCUAACACCUCACCUUUCACACACCUUCAUCUGUGUUUCCUUUUCCCUUUGCUCUCUCCACUAAAACAUGUCUAACAAAAAGCACUACAGCACGGAGAGCAAAUGUUUUUGAAGGCAGACUACGAGGCGAAUGGGAACGUACGGGGGGGAAAAGUACAUGACUGUUUUUUUGUUUUUGUUUUUUUUUCCUCCCCCUGAUGUGUGCCGUUGUUGAUCAUGUUGAGUGUAAAAGUAUAUGGUGAAAAGUAGCCAGCGCUAGUUGCUGUGUGCCAUUUUUAAAAGAUAAUUUUUUUUUUUUCCCCCAGGCGGGUAGACAUCAACCUUUGAACGUGGCCACGACCCCUCCUCGACCCACAUAUCCCGCCAGCAAGUCGUCAUGCCUCUAGAUCUUUAAUUUUGCAGUUCACUUUAAAAAGGUCCCAUUUAAAAGAUUGUAUUUUUAUUAAUCUAUUUAAAAAAAAAAAAAAGAAUUGAGGUAGAGGUUGGUGCCUCCACAGUGGAACAACCCAAACAAUUUUAUACACAUAGAUUUUGUUGUGCUUGAGUAGACACCAUUUUGUAUGGUUUUCGUCUCCUUCCCUCACCCCCCUUGCCCUGCUUCAAUAUCUGUGUAUAAGUCUGUUCUUAUGUAAAAAAAAUAAUAAUGUAAAAAAAAAAUGCUAGAGGAGAACCAUGGAAAUAAAAGUAUGUGAAAAUA